AUGGAAUGCUUGAGUGCAAUUAAGCUUUUGGCCAAAAACAAAGCUCCACAACCUGACGGUUUUGCCAUUAGCUUUUAUCUAUUAUAUUGGGAGGUUAUCAAAGAUGAUCUUAUGAAAAAAUUUCAGAAAUUGCAAUCUAAGAGCUUUUUGGAAAACACCUUCAUUGCUCUUAUUCCAAAUAAAGAUAUCGUGGAGGAGAUAAAAUACUUGAGACUAAUUAGUUUAGUUCAUGGAGUAUACAAAAUUGUGUCUAAAGUUCUGGCAGAAAGGUUCAAAAUGGUUCUUCCUUCUACUAUUUCUUCUGAACAAACUGCUUUUAUUAAGAAAAUACAAAUUUUGGAUGGGGUGCUUAUGGAAAAUGAGUUGAUUUAUUCAAGGAUUAGAAGUGGCAAACGUGGUCUCUUGUGCAAAAUUGAUUUUGAAAAGGCUUUCGAUCGUGACUUGGGAAUUCUUAGAUGA